GCCGAUCCAAACCAAUCUUGGUCUUGGUCGAGUUUGGUUGGGUUACUAGUGAACCCGAUGGCUGGCGGGUCGGUUGGCAGUUUAGGGUCAAACCGACCGUGUGCAACCAGAGAGGGACACUUCUCUUAAACCCUAGUUUGUAAGGGUUUCCCGCAUACAGAUUCUGCAACGCUCAUUCUUCUGCCAUGGAAGGCAUGGAAGAACCUUUGUACAUGGACGAAACUGAUGACUUCUGCACAUCUAUCCUAUCUCGACUCAGCAACUCUACCCAAGAAGACCACCAGCAUCUCUGCACAGUCAUCGGCGCCAUGUCUCAGGAGCUGAAAGACCAAAACCUCCCGCUCUCUUCGGUGGCCUAUUUCGGCGCUACGUGCUCCUCCCUCGACCGCUUCUCCGGAGAAACUGAACCGCCGGCUCACAUUAUCGAUGCCUUGCUCACAAUCCUCUCUAUGAUUCUUCCGAGAAUUCCCGUUGCAAUUCUGAAGAGGAAGUGUGAAUACGUAUCGGAACUAAUAGGUAGAAUUAUUCGCUCCAAAACGUUGUCUUCUGGUGCAGCUGCAUCGGCGUUGAAGUGUAUAUCACACGUGCUGAUCAUAGCCGAUAAGAUCAACUGGUCGGAGGUGUCUCGACUCUAUGUGGUUCUGCUUGAUUUCGGGACGGACUCUCGGCCAAAGGUGAGAAGGCAGUCACAUUUGUGUAUUAGAGAUGUGCUACAAAGUUUCCAAGGAACAUCGAUGCUGACACCUGCAAGCGAAGGAGUUACAAACAUCUUACAAAGGUCUCUUUUGCUUGCUGGUGGAUCAAAUGCAUCAGCUUCUGAUGGGCCCCAAAGUGCUCAGGAGAUCUUGUAUAUUCUGGAUGCUCUGAAGGAGUCUCUUCCUUACAUGUCAAUGAAGUUUAUGACUAUCAUUCUGAAGUACUUUAAAACCCUUUUGGAAUUCCACCAACCUUUUCUCACAAGGCGCAUAACAGAUAGUCUGAACAUUCUAUGUCUUCACGAAACUGUAGAGGUUCCUCCUGAAUUGCUGGUUGAUCUGUUAUGCUCACUAGCUCUUUCUGCCCCUGCAAAGGAGACAUCUGCAGAUGGCAUGACGUUCACUGCACGCUUGCUGGAUGUUGGAAUGAGAAAAGUUUAUUCCCUUAGUAGGCAAAUAUGUGUAGUUAAACUCCCUGUUGUAUUCAAUGCACUCAGAGAUAUUUUGGCUUUUGAACACGAGGAGGCCUUAUUUGCAGCAAUGGAGGCAUUUAAGAGCCUAAUACAUGCCUGUAUCGAUGAGAACUUGAUUCAACAGGGAGUGGAUCAAAUUGUAAUAAAUGCAAAUUUGAAUGAAAGGAAGUCUGGGCCAACUAUAAUUGAAAAAGUGUGUGCAACUAUUGAAAGCUUACUCGAUUAUCGGUAUAAUGCAGUCUGGGACACAUCAUUUCAAAUUGUUUCAGCAUUGUUUGAUAAAUUAGGGGAAUACUCUUCUUAUCUUUUGAGGGGAACUCUGAAAAGCUUGUCAGACAUGCAGAAGUUGCCAGAUGAAGACUUUCCUUACAGGAAACAGCUACAUGACUGUGUUGGAUCUGCCCUUGGUGCUAUGGGACCUGAAUCAUUUUUAAGCCUUCUGCCUCUCAAGUUGGAGGCUGAGGAUAUUUCUGAGGUGAAUAUGUGGCUCUUUCCAAUUUUGAAACAGUAUACAGUCGGUGCCCGUCUGCAUUUCUUUAAAGAGUCAAUUUUAGGAAUGGUUGGACCAAUAAGGCAGAAAUCACGAAAGCUUGAGCUAGAAGGACGGAUUUUUUCAUCGAGGAGUAACGAUGCAUUUGUGUACUCUCUAUGGUCUUUAUUGCCUUCAUUUUGCAACUACCCUACGGACACUGCCGAAAGUUUUACAGAACUAGCAAAAGCACUAUAUGUUGCUCUCCGUGAUGAACCUGAUGUUCGUGGAAUAAUAUGCUCCAGUCUGCAGACUCUCAUUCAGCAAAAUAAGAGAAUUUUGGAGGGAAUAAAUGAUCUUUCUGAUGCUGAAGUAAGCAUUCCCAGGCAGCGAGCUAUUGCCCAUUAUACUUCCCAAGUUGCAUCCGAUAAUUUGCGCAUUCUGAAGUCAUCUGCUCGUGGCUUUCUAUCCAUCUUAUCAGAAAUUUUCCAGAAAUCAACAAACGAUACUGGCGGUUGUUUGCAGACUACAAUCAGUGAGUUUGCUUCGAUAUCAAAUGAAAUAGAGAUCAGAAAAUUCUUCUUAAAUACCAUGAGGCAGCUCCAGGAGGUAACUGAAAAGGCUAGCACAGCAGAAAAUCUGAGGAAGUCCAAUUAUAUGCAGGUUGAAUGUUCAUUAAGCGAAGGUUCCCUUUCACAUGCAAGGGCACAACUUUUUGAUUUGGCAGUGGCGCUUUUACCUGGUCUUAAUGCUGCACAGACUAAAGUAUUGUUUCUUGCAAUAGUGCCUGCAUUGGGGGAUGCUGAUGGUUUGAUCCAAAAGAAGGCGUACAAAGUUCUUUCAAUUAUGCUCAGGAACUGUGAUGAUUUUCUCUCAGAAAACCUUGAAGAGUUGCUUAAUAUUUUGAUUGAAGUGCUGCCUUCAUGUCAUUUUUCUGCCAAGCGUCACAGACUCGACUGUUUGUACUUCUUAGUUGUCCGUGUCUCAAAGGAUGAAUUGGAACGAAGGUGGCAUAGCAUCAUUAGUUCUUUCCUAACUGAAAUAAUACUUGCACUGAAAGAGGCUAAUAAGAAGACAAGAAACAGGGCCUAUGAUCUGCUUGUCCAAAUUGGUCAUGCAUAUGGGGAUGAAGAGAAGGGUGGAAACAAGGAAAACCUGCAUAAAUUUUUUAACAUGGUGGCUGGAGGCCUGGCUGGUGAAACCCCUCAUAUGAUAAGUGCUGCAGUGAAAGGCCUAGCCCGCUUGGCGUAUGAGUUCUCCGAUCUUGUUUAUACUGCCUACAAUGUGCUCCCAUCAACAUUUAUCCUCCUCCAGAGGAAGAACAAAGAAAUAAUCAAAGCCAAUUUAGGUUUACUGAAGGUAUUGGUGGCCAAAUCACAGGCUGAGGGAUUGGAGGCACACUUAAAGAGUGUGGUUGAAGGUCUGCUGAAGUGGCAAGAUAACACUAAAAAUAAAUUCAAAUCGAAGGUUAAGCUACUACUUGAAAUGCUUGUCAAGAAAUGCGGUCUGCAGGCUGUGAAGGCAGUAAUGCCCGAGGAGCACAUGAAACUUCUUACUAAUAUACGGAAGAUCAAAGAAAGGAGGGAGAGGAAAAGUGCAGCUACCUCUGAAGAAAUUCGAUCUCUUCAUUCAAAAGCAACUACAUCCAGGCUAAGCAGAUGGAAUCAUACAAAAAUAUUUUCUGAUUUUGAUGAUGGAGAAAUGACAGGCAGUGAUGCAGAAUAUAUGGAUGCCAGUAUGCUUUCUAAUCAACGGAGCAAGGCUGCGUCACAGUUCAACUCCAAAGCCUCUUCCUUGCGGUCCAAGAAAAUGCUUAAAGCAUCCAAGAGUUUAGAGGAGGACUUCUUUGACCAAGUGGAAGAUGAGCCACUUGACUUGCUCGAUCGCCAAAAAACACGAUCAGCUCUUCGAUCCUCCGAGCAUCUCAAAAGAAAGGCAGAAUCUGAUGAUGAGCUGGAGAUAGACUCUGAAGGGCGAUUGGUGAUUCAUGAAGGAGGGAAGCCGAAGAGAGAAGCUCACUCUGACCCAGAUUUAGAUAUUAGGAGUCGAGCAGGGAGUUACUUGUCAGUGAACUCUUCGAGGAAAAUCCAGAAGCGCAGGAAAACAUCAAUGUCUGGAUGGGCUUACACAGGGAGUGAAUAUGGAAGCAAGAAGGCAGGCGGUGAUGUGAAGAGGAAGGGCAAGCUUGAUCCACAUGCAUAUUGGCCGCUUGACCGCAAAAUGAUGAGCCGUAGACCAGAGCAUCGUGCAGCUGCGAGGAAAGGUAUGGCUAGCGUGGUAAGGCAGACCAAGAAGCUUGAGGGCAAGAGUACCGCAAGUGCUCUCAAGGGUUUGAAGUCCAAGAGGAACCAAAAGAAAGCCACCAGGAAAGUUGGGUAAGACAGUUUUCUCAUAAGUUCAGCAAGAGAGCUGCAAUGCUCAAAUUUGGGGAGGUUGUUUAGUUUGUCUUUUACUUCUCGUUGGUUUUGUGGGGGUAGGUGUCGUUUGUUGGGAGGCAAUGGUGGUAGGAAGCGGUAGAUUUGGUUGUUAUAAGAUAUAGUCAUACGCCUCGAAUUGUUUUGUCUCGGCAAUUAUUUUUUCCCCUUGUACAUGCGCGAGGAGAAAAAUGAAAUAACAAGCCAAUUUAGAAAA